UCUAAACUGAGACGGGGAAGGAAAACAAUAAUGAGGGGGGGUCGUCUAAAUUUGGAGCAAGCAAGUCACACACAGCCAGGCGCGGCGGCGAAUUCGGGCAUAUCGACUCGAGUUGCGGCGAGAGCGAACGCGGCGAACAACGGACAACACUGUGGCAUUGGCAAUGGCAGCGCUUGUCGCCCGCCUUCACUUUAGUGUGUGAGUCGCGAUAAACGCGAGCGAAACGAGCGGCGCAACUGAAAUCGCGUACCGACUGGCGCAGACACGCACACCACCACACAACAGCGCGUAUACGUAUACGGGCGAGAGAGCGCAUGCUCUUCGCCACACACACGCGGUCAACGUUUUCUCCGCUUUGUGGCGCCGCGCAAGUUGUGUCGCAGCAGCAAACACGCAAUAAAAGUUCAAAAACAGUUGAAGUAUACCGCGACGCGAGUAAAAAUCUUUCCUUCGACGUCGUCUCUGUUCGUUGUAGUAGUUGUUGUUGCUGCUACUGCUGUUGUUGUUCUUGUUGCUGCUACUGCCGCUGCUGCUUAACGUUUCUAUAGUGUGUUCCGUUUCGCGAAUUUUCAUGUGCAUUUAUGUAGAUAUACAUAUAUAGAUAUAUAUAUAUAUAUCUGCAUAUAUGACUGGCCAAAAGGUAAAACAACGGCAGCAAAUAAAAACAGUAUACAAAUUGUUGUCAAAUAUAGUGGUAAAAAUAACCCCCGCCCGCGGUAGUUCGAUCGCUUUUUGUUUAAAUUAAUCUGCAUAUCAUGUUGUGCGGCGGCUGCAUUUCAUUUAUUUUUCGAUCGCUUAAGAACUUGCUUGCUCCAAAAGAAUUAACUAAACAAAAUAUUAUAUCUGCGUUUCGGCGCUGCGUCGACGGCAUUGUUAUUUCGUUCGUACUGUUGUUAAGUGUGAGUAGUAGUAGUUGUUGUUGUUGUUUCGCUACCAGAGCUGAAUAAUGUAGUUGACCAAAAAUUUUGAGAGCACAAGUCUGAGCACACACGAUACGUCUUCUUCGUUUGGCCGUUUCACUUUGAGCAGCGUGACCGUGGUGCGUCGCUAUAAUAUGGCCCGCGAGCCGUGUGCGUAUGGCACUAACGCGUGCGGUAGAAUGCCGCGGAAAAUUACCAAAAAAAAAAUCCAAACCGAAUACCAUGUGGUUGAAACGAACUCGCGCUUGCUUUUGCUGCACUUUCCCGUUGAAAUACAUUUACCCGUUUGGUUAUAAGACUUAAGGGUUUAUAUUUUGUAUACUCCACCGCUCUGGAUAUGCGAACAAAGAUUAAAAUUCAAGGAGGCUCGACAGCCAGUUGUGUUGAAAAUCAAGAGGCUAUCGCAUGAUGAUUCCACCUGCACGAGCAAAGCGCGUGUGUGCUUAUCGCAGGACGAGAGUGACGUCAUCUCCUGCAAGGAGCAACUGCAUCAUAAUCAUAGCCACAGAGUGAAGAGACCGAAAGCAGAUGAAAGCUCAACGACAGAAGCAAUAAUCGGGAGCAAAACUUCCAAAGGUUUGGCACAAUAAACCCGGAAAGGAGUUGAAAUGGAAAUUUCAUACGACAACUGCAAGCGGGCAUUGCAACGCAAAAGAAAGAAGUUUAAAGAACUGAAAACCCCGUAGACUUCAUGAACCCAGGUGGCACAAAAAAUUUCAAGGACAAGGUGUUUUUGGGCUCAAAAACGUGCAGAUGACUUACAAGAUGUUAGAAAAUCAUUUAUUUGCUUGGAAAUAAGCAAGAACUGAAUGUACGCCACUUAAUAGUAUUACCAAAUGAUGAGUUUUCUCAUCUCAGUUUUAUAAAGGUCUUGGAAAUCACCGAAUGACUACCUGCCAUUUUCAAAUGUACAAAGAAAACUUUACUUUUCGUUUUUUCAUUUGGAAGACUUUUGUCGUUGACUUUUUCAUUUUAUUCGCGUGCAUAUUAAAUAUGUAUGUUAAAUAUACAUUAUAAUAAAUGAUCGCUGUGUUUAAGCAUCGAUUAAAAAAGUUGAAGAACAGCA